CCACCCCAGGAGGAGAGAAGCUCCAGGGAGCCCGCCGCUGUCCCCCCGCGGCCACUGCCCCCCUGCCCCCGCCAAGCCAAUGCACCCAGAAAAUAAAUUGACCAAUCAUGGCAAGACGGGGAGUGGCGGGGCACAAUCCCAGCACCAGAAUGUGAACCAAGGACCCACCUGCAACCUGGGCUCCAAGGGCGUGGGGGCGGGGAAUCAUGGGGCCAAGGCCAGCCAGAUCUCACCUAGCAACUCAAGUCUGAAGAACCCCCAGGCAGGGGUGCCCCCUUUCAGCUCGCUCAAAGGCAAGGUGAAGAGGGAACGGAGCGUGUCUGUGGACUCUGGAGAGCAGCGAGAGGCUGGGACUCCAUCCCUGGAUUCAGAGGCCAAAGAGGUGGCGCCUCGGAGUAAGCGGCGUUGUGUGCUGGAACGGAAGCAGCCAUACAGCGGGGAUGAAUGGUGCUCCGGACCCGACAGCGAGGAGGAUGACAAGCCCAUUGGGGCCACCCACAAUUGUAAUGUAGCAGACCCAGCCAUGGCGGCCCCACAGCUGGGUCCUGGCCAAACUGCCCAACUGCCCCUCAGCGAGAGCAGCACACCAGGCCCCCCGCAUGGCCCCCCGCCAGGCCUUCGGCCCGAUGCCCCUGGGGGUGGGGGCGGGGGUGUCCCCGGAAAGCCUCCCUCCCAGUUCGUGUAUGUCUUCACCACCCAUCUGGCAAACACGGCUGCGGAGGCAGUGCUGCAGGGCCGAGCAGACUCCAUCCUCACCUACCACCAGCAGAACGUGCCCCGAGCCAAGCUGGACCAGGCUCCCAAAGUGCCACCUACCCCUGAACCGCUACCCCUCAGCGCGCCAUCAGCAGGCACCCCACAGUCCCAGCCACCUCCACUGCCGCCGCCGCCACCUCCCGCCCCUGGCAGUGCCCCGCCUGCUUUGCCCCCAGAGGGUCCUCCUGAGGACACCAAUCAGGACCUGGCCCCCAACUCGGUGGGAGGUGCCAGCACAGGCGGUGGAACUGGGGGCACCCACCCUAACACCCCAACAGCUGCCACCGCCAGCAACCCUCUGCCUCCUGGAGGAGACCCUAGCAGUGCCCCUGGCUCUGCCCUGCUGGGGGAGCCUACCCCAACAGGAAAUGGGCAGCGCAGCCUGGUGGGCUCGGAAGGCCUGUCCAAAGAGCAGCUGGAGCAUCGAGAGCGUUCCCUUCAGACACUGCGGGACAUAGAGCGGCUACUGCUCCGCAGUGGGGAGACCGAACCCUUCCUCAAAGGCCCCCCAGGAGGAGCAGGUGAGGGGGGCCCACCAGCACAAGCCCCUCCUGCCCCCCAGCAACCCUCCACGGCCCCUCCCAGCGGGCUGAAGAAGUAUGAGGAGCCCUUACAGUCCAUGAUUUCGCAGACACAGAGCCUAGGGGGCCCCCCACUGGAGCACGAAGUGCCUGGGCACCCUGCGGGAGGGGACAUGGGACAACAGAUGAACAUGAUGAUGCAGAGGCUGGGCCAGGAUAGCCUGACACCUGAGCAGGUGGCCUGGCGCAAGCUGCAGGAGGAGUACUAUGAGGAGAAACGGCGGAAGGAGGAGCAGAUCGGGCUGCACGGGGGCCGCCCGCUGCAGGACAUGAUGGGCAUGGGGGGCAUGAUGGUGCGGGGGCCCCCCCCUCCCUACCACAGCAAGCCUGGGGAUCAAUGGCCACCUGGAAUGGGUGCACAGCUGCGGGGGCCCAUGGAUGUCCAAGAUCCCAUGCAACUCCGGGGUGGACCUCCCUUCCCCGGUCCCCGUUUCCCAGGCAACCAGAUGCAACGCAUGCCUGGGUUUGGGAGCAUCCAGAGUAUGCCCAUGGAGGUGCCCAUGAAUGCCAUGCAGAGGCCUGUGAGGCCAGGCAUGGGCUGGACCGAAGACUUGCCUCCUAUGGGGGGACCCAGCAAUUUUGCCCAGAAUACAGUGCCCUACCCAGGUGGGCAGGGUGAAGCGGAGCGAUUCAUGACCCCUCGGGUCCGUGAGGAGCUGUUGCGGCACCAGUUGCUGGAGAAGCGGUCGAUGGGCAUGCAGCGCCCGCUGGGCAUGGCAGGCAGCAGCAUGGGGCAGAGCAUGGAAAUGGAGCGGAUGAUACAGGCACACCGGCAGAUGGAUCCUGCCAUGUUCCCCGGGCAGAUGGCCGGUGGUGAGGGCCUGGCAGGCACACCCAUGGGCAUGGAGUUUGGUGGAGGCCGGGGCCUCUUGAGUCCCCCCAUGGGGCAGUCUGGGCUGAGGGAGGUGGACCCACCCAUGGGGCCAGGCAACCUCAACAUGAACAUGAAUGUGAACAUGAACAUGAACAUGAACCUGAAUGUGCAGAUGACCCCGCAGCAGCAGAUGCUGAUGUCACAGAAGAUGCGGGGCCCUGGGGACAUGUUGGGGCCCCAGGGCCUCAGUCCUGAGGAGAUGGCCCGGGUUCGGGCCCAGAACAGCAGUAGCAUGAUGGGCGGCCCACAGAAGAUGCUUAUGCCUUCACAGUUUUCCAACCAGGGCCAGCAGGGAUUCUCUGGGGGCCAGGGACCCUACCAAGCCAUGUCCCAGGAUAUGGGCAAUACCCAAGACAUGUUCAGCCCUGACCAGAGCUCAAUGCCCAUGGGGAAUGUGGGCACUACUCGGCUCAGCCACAUGCCUCUGACCCCUGCGUCCAAUCCUUCUGGAACCGUGCAUUCAGCCCCAAACCGGGGGCUGGGCAGACGGCCUUCAGACCUCACCAUCAGUAUUAAUCAGAUGGGCUCGCCGGGCAUGGGGCACCUGAAGUCGCCCACGCUUAGCCAGGUGCACUCACCCCUGGUCACCUCGCCCUCUGCCAACCUCAAGUCACCCCAGACUCCCUCACAGAUGGUGCCCUUGCCUUCUGCCAACCCGCCAGGACCUCUUAAGUCGCCCCAGGUCCUCAGCUCCUCUCUCAGUGUCCGUUCGCCCACUGGCUCCCCCAGCAGGCUGAAGUCUCCCUCCAUGGCGGUGCCUUCUCCAGGCUGGGUCGCCUCACCCAAGACAGCCAUGCCCAGCCCCGGGGUGUCCCAGAAUAAGCAGCCGCCUCUCAACAUGAACUCUUCCUCCACCCUUGGCAACAUGGAACAGGGUGCCCUCCCGCCUAGUGGUCCCCGGAGCAGCUCCUCGGCGCCUCCCACCAACCCUCCCAGCGGCCUCAUGAACCCCAGCCUACCAUUCACCUCCUCCCCAGACCCCACGCCUUCCCAGAACCCCCUGUCACUGAUGAUGUCCCAGAUGUCCAAGUACGCCAUGCCCAGCUCCACCCCGCUCUACCACAAUGCCAUCAAGACCAUCGCCACCUCAGAUGAUGAGCUGCUGCCCGACCGGCCCCUGCUACCCCCACCACCACCACCGCAGGGCUCCGGGCCAGGGAUCAGCAACAACCAGCCCAACCAGAUGCACCUAAACUCAGCUGCUGCCCAGAGCCCCAUGGGCAUGAACCUGCCAGGCCAGCAGCCCCUGUCCCAUGAGCCCCCACCUACCAUGUUGCCCUCCCCAACCCCUCUGGGCUCCAACAUUCCACUGCACCCCAAUGCGCAGGGGACAGGAGGGCCCCCUCAAAACUCAAUGAUAAUGGCUCCAGGGGGCACAGACUCCCUGAAUGCCCCCUGCGGCCCUGUGCCCAGCUCCUCCCAGAUGAUGCCCUUCCCCCCUCGGCUGCAGCAGCCCCAUGGUGCCAUGGCCCCCACAGGGGGUGGGGGCGGGGGGCCUGGCUUGCAGCAGCACUACCCUUCGGGCAUGCCUCUGCCCCCAGAGGACCUGCCCAGCCAGCCACCAGGCCCCAUGCCCCCCCAGCAGCACCUGAUGGGCAAAAGCUUGGCUGGGCGCAUGGGCGACGCAUACCCAGCAGGCGUGCUCCCUGGGGUGGCUUCAGUGCUGAAUGACCCCGAGCUGAGCGAGGUGAUCCGGCCCACCCCAACGGGGAUCCCUGAGUUCGACCUGUCAAGGAUCAUCCCCUCUGAGAAGCCAAGCAGCACCCUCCAGUACUUCCCCAAGAGCGAGAACCAGCCCCCCAAGGCCCAACCCCCCAAUCUGCAUCUCAUGAACCUGCAGAACAUGAUGGCAGAGCAGACCCCAUCUCGGCCCCCCAACCUCCCAGGCCAGCAGGGCGUCCAGCGGGGGCUCAACAUGUCCAUGUGCCACCCCGGACAGAUGUCCUUGCUGGGCAGGACAGGUGUGCCCCCACAACAGGGCAUGGUACCCCAUGGCCUGCACCAGGGGGUCAUGUCCCCUCCACAAGGCCUCAUGACCCAGCAGAAUUUCAUGCUGAUGAAGCAACGGGGCGUGGGGGGCGAGGUCUACAGCCAGCCCCCGCACAUGCUCUCCCCACAGGGCUCCCUCAUGGGCCCCCCGCCCCAGCAGAACAUCAUGGUGUCCCACCCCCUGCGGCAGCGCAGCGUGUCUCUGGACAGCCAGAUGGGCUACCUCCCGGCGCCGGGCAGCAUGGCCAACCUGCCCUUCUAGCUGUCUACUGGGGGCUGCAGCUGGGCAAUACUACAGAUGUUGCAAAUAUGAUAACCUUUAAAAAGUUCCUUCCCUCCAGUGCUGGGAUGGCCUGGGUCAAGGGGUGGGGUAGAGGGGUGGGAGGGGGCUUGUGUGGGGAAUGGCAUUUGUGGAAACCAGAUGUGCUGGCAGCUUAGGGGGAAGUGGCAGAGUGGGGUGGGGAUUUUGGAUUGGGGUUUGUCCCAUUUUGGCCACCAGGACUGACCCUCCCCCACUCCUCACAGUUCCUAUGGAGCCUCUAUUUUCCCUCUUUCUCUGCACUCCUCUCCCCCCCGCAGUUCAGCUAUGUUUUUGGAGUCCUGUAUCUUUGGAGGAGAGAGGAAGGAGAGGAGAGGUCUCCCCUCUGUACCCCUUUCUGCUGCUGUCUCCUCAUCUCUUGGUCACUCGAGCUCCACUUUUCCUCCUCUUGGUUUCUCUGGUCCCACAUGUUCUUCCUUCUGUCUUUUCCUUCCUCAUUUUCUCUCCCUGCUGAUAUGGCUUGACCGCCCUCUCCCCCCCCCCCCUGCAGGCGGCUGGCCAGGUGGGCAGGUGCCAGCCGUAGCUGUAAAUAGAGCGCUGCGCUUUUGUGCCGGUUUGUGCGUGUGCUGUAUUUCUGUGUUUUGAUAGAAGUCACACAAAAAAAAGGAUAAAAGAAACCCUUCCCCUUUCAAAUGAUUGCCCCCUCCAUUCCCCUGGACCCAAGGACCUGCAGUGUCUCUGGGUCCAUAAAGGACACCAUUCCUGUCCCCUCCCCAAAUGGCAAAAUGACAUAGAUGCCCCCCACCUAAACUGAGCUCAGACCACCUAGGUUUCCACCUGGUGAGCCCCAGCAGGGCUGAGACCCCCAGGGCGGCAGCCUGUCUGCUGCUGAGUGAUUCAGGGAGAACAUGCGAGCACAUGUGUGCGUGUUUGCCCACACCGGUGACACGGGGCCCUGGCUUCCUGCUGAUGUCUAGGUGUCCCCUGCUGCUACAUCUUAGCCAGAACUUGAAGUCCUCCAUCCCCAGUCUGGGAUGAAGGAAAGGAGGAAGAGGCAGUGGCUGAGUGCCCCCCUUGAGUGGAGCGAUGGAAGGGGUCGCUGCAGUAAUCCUGGGCCAGGUCACCUCCAAAGGCUGCCACCUACUUACCAAAGAGAGAAGGAAUGGAGUUUGGCCGAAUCAGGCUGCCUCCUACUCCAGCCUCCAGCCCCUGAGGAUGGAAUUGGGAGAGUGCUGGAGAGCCUCAAGCAUCCCGCCACUUCCUCUCUGCCGCCCACUCACUGGCAAGGUCCCUCUGCCCAGCUCUCAGGGCAAUGUGCCAGCUCUGUCUGUGCCCACCCAGGCACAGCCACUGCCUCCCCCUCAGCCCCCUGCUCUUCCCAGAAGAGCUCCCCACCCACCUCUGGUUAGAGCUGAAGCCAUACACGACUGGGUGUUUUGCCCUCCUUGGCCCCAGGAGUAAAAAACUUCUCCUUUUCUAACUUCCUUUCCUGCCUUGUGAGGUGGCGGGGCAGUUCCCUGGCCAAGGCCUUUUGCGCCCCGCCUCCAGGGCCAAGGGCCAUUCUAGACAGGAUGUCUUCUACCAGGGCCCUGUCCUAGCCUUCCUGACCCACAGGGCCUGGCCUCACAUGGCAGCUGUAACACAAAGGGAAUUCGUCCCCACCUUCCAGUCUGGUGCUGUCCUCAGUCCACUGCCAGCCAGGUCAAGCGCUUCCUUCCUCUGGGGCUGGCUGAAGGCUCCUGCCCCCCCCACCCAGCACCUUCCAGGGGCCUGGUCGGGGCCUCUGUGUUUGGGGGGCCACCUGCCCUCCAUCCUGCCAGGCACUUUGCCAGCCCUGCCUCUACCUGGGCCCUGUGCCCACGAGCCCCCCACCCUGUCCCAAGACUCCCCAAACUGUCUGACUCUGUGUUUCCUGCCCUGAGGAGAGAGGGGUCAGACUGCAAAGGGCCCAGUGCUCUCCCCAGCUCCUCCCACUUCCGCCACUUGCUUUCCAAGGUGAACUCCACAGGCCAGCCUACUAUUUCCCUCCAUCCAUGGCCAUACCCCCAGCCAUUUUGUACCAUUAUAUAAAUAUAUAUAUAAAUAUAAAUAUAUAAAUACAAUAUGUGAAGACAUCUUCUUGGUUUUUAUUUUGAAACAAUUUUUAGGCUUGUUCCGGGGGUCUCUGUGCUGCCUGUACUGUAUUGACCUGUUUUAUAGGUGCCUUUUUAUUAAAAAGAAAAUUCAAAAUCCA